AUGGCCGUUUCCAAACACAGGAUCCCGUUGUUGUACUUGUUGCCGGGGGGCUCGCGACCGGACGAGAGGUGGGAGACCACUGUCAAGAAAAGGAGGGUUAGUUUUGGGUUGGUCGCUAUUCGAAGCCAAGGAGAUAGGGUCAUGUGCUGGUUGAACUCGAUGGCGAUGCGGCUGGGCGACUCGUUUUUCGCUAUCCACUCGUGA